UUGUGUGCGUGCACCUCACAAGGAUAGGGACAGCAUUCAUGCCGGUGCGUGUACAUAUGGGAGAAAUGCAUUUAUUCUCCAUAUAGCUUCUAUCUUUUUCUCCGCAAAUUAUAUAAUUAUCUCAUUUUGAGUGAAAAUCAGAAACAACGCAACUACAAGUGGUAGAAGAAGAAGGGCGCAACGCAGCUGCAAAGAACAAACCUGAAGUGUCUCUCAAUCUUUGGUUCUCGCGUGUUGUGAUCAAUUGUAACGAUUGUAACGUUUGGUCGAGUGUUCUCUUGGCCUUAUUCACAACUUCGGAGUUUAGAGCUCUGUUCUCUUUAAAAUGAGAAAUAUUACAUGAGGAGGAAGAAAAGGCAAAGUGCUUGGGGUGUGAGGAGACGAUUUAUAACCUCUUUCCUCGGGCAAAUUGGCUGUGAAUUUAUCCUACGAUCAACGAGACAAAUAUGAGCAAAGAUGUACGUACCUGCACUCCCAGUUAUUCCUAUUACACAGGAUAUAUAUUUGUAAGGUGCACGAAAAUUACUGGUGUAAGGUUCUUCUAAAAGGUGUUUUCAAUUUCUUUGCCAGGAUAUCCUAAAAGUAGCGCGUUAAAUGUUAUUUAGUAGUAAAAGUGGAAACGUAUUAGCCGAGAUAUGACCUCUCCCGAAUAAACGGUUAUAUUGAGCAAAUUGAUGAAAUUAAAUUUCAUAUUUCUAACGAGGCAUUAUUUCUUAAGCAAAAUGCCUUACUACGCGGUAGCCAAGGGUCGAAAACCCGGAAUUUACGCCACAUGGGACGAGUGCAGCACCCAGGUCUUCAAGUUUCCUGGCUCGAUAUAUAAGAAAUUUGCGACGGAGAGCGAGGCUCAAAACUUCAUAAAAGAGCGUUCCUCGCCAGCCGGGGCGAGUUCUGCCAGGAGCGGCCUCGUUUCGUCGGAAAUUGUUAAAUCUGUGAGAUCUCAGGCUCUGCCGAAACAACUGUUCGCCCUUGGUGGUAAACAGUCUGCGGUGGCUCCGACAAAAUCGUUAUUGUCAGUUUCAAAGAGAGCUUUAUCGACAAUUGACAAUACUAACGAACAGCCGAGCAAAAAGAGAAAAGUGACGCCCGAAGGUUCGGACAAUUCAACUCGGUGUCAGGCGAACCUUAUCGUGGAUGAAGAUGGCUACGUCAACGUUUACACGGAUGGCGCGUGCAGCUCAAACGGGUACAAGAACGCGCGAGCCGGAAUCGGCGUUUGGUUCCAAGACAAUCAUCCCCUAAACGUAUCUGAACCGGUGGAGGGACGAGCUACCAACAACAAUGCGGAGAUUCAGGCCGUCACGGCAGCUGCGAGGCAGGCGAAGAAGGCGGGCGUCAAGAAGCUGAAAAUCAAUACCGAUUCCAAAUUCCUCAUCUCCUGCAUCACGCAGUGGAUGCCGAGUUGGAAGAGAAGAGGAUGGAAAACAGCGGGCGACAAGCCGGUCAUAAACAAAAAGGAGCUCCUGGAAAUGGAGGAGGCAUUGAAGUCCUUGACCGUUGCUUGGAAUCACGUGAACGGACAUGCAGGAAUUUACGGUAACGAGAUGGCGGACAAACUGGCGAGAGAAGGCUGCUUGCGAUAUAAAAGUCAAGUUUAAGAACGAAGGUUAACACUACAAAGGACUUUAAAUUAGUUUUAUAUACAUAAACUCUCCUAUAGAAAAUGUUAUUAGACUUUUAUUACGAAAUUAAUAAAUCUAAUAUAUA